AUCCUUCCUCACUCGAUCACCAAAAUAUUCAAUACCGCAAUUGUGCACCGAAUCGUAUUCCAUUUACUUCAGACAUCAUCAUCAAUAAUAAUAGUAAUAGCAGUAGCAAUCACAAUACUCAUAUCAAUAGCCACAACAAUCCUGCAAAUUUUGGCUACCAUCAUCAACCCACAAAUUCAUGCCACUCAGUCAAUGCUGCUUACUCUCCGUGUGGAAGUCCAUAUCCAGGACCAACGAUGCAGAACCGGCCGCUUCAGCACAUCGUCUCUCCUUACAUCAACGACGAUUACAUCAUCCCAAAAACUGAAUAUUGCCAAGACAUAAAUUCCAACGGCUUUACUCCCUUGCGUGGUGUCAGCUCAAAGGCUAGCAGUACGCCUCCCAGAAGAUACAAAUGUUCUCUCUGCAUCAAACGCUUCACCCGGCCCAGUUCUCUGGCAACACACAUGCAUAGUCACACAGGAGAGAAACCUUACAAGUGUUCCGUGGAUGGCUGUGGCCGAAGAUUCUCCGUUGUAAGCAAUUUACGACGCCAUGCCAAGAUUCACUUUGGAAAUGUUCAGUGAAGAAGCCCAGACCCGAUGAAAAUGAACACAUAAAUCACAUAUUUACUCUCUUUAUUCAUUCAUUCAUUUACUCAUUUACUCAUCUACUCACUCACACCCCCCC